AUGCUAAAAUACUACAGUUUCGCACUCUUCUUCUUCUUCAUUUUUAUCGAACCUACUGCUUCUGCUUCUGCUUCUUUUGCUGAAGCCAAUGCUUUGUUGAAAUGGAAAGCCAAUUUUAUAAAUCAUAACAACACGAUACUAAAAUCGUGGAAUCUUGAAACUAAGAAUUCCACCAAUUUUUCUAGCCAUCCAAAAGAAAGUUCUAGUCCAUGCAAUUGGUUUGGAGUUUCUUGCAUCAAUGGAAGUGUCAAUAGGCUGAACCUCACAAAUGCAAGCAUUCAAGCCUUCUUCUAUGAGUUCCCGUUCUCAUCUUUCCCAAAUCUUACUUAUAUAGACCUCUCACUCAACCACCUCUUUGGUCCACCUCAAAUUGGUAAAUUCUCCAAACUUGUCUAUCUUGGUUUAUCAACCAAUCAGCUUACAGGAACUAUCCCAGCACGAAUAGAAAAGCUCUCCAAACUCAACUAUCUCGAUUUAUCAACCAAUCAUCUAACGGGUCAAAUUCCAACUUCCUUGAGCAGAUUAACUAGUUUAAGAACUCUGGAUCUCACUAGUAAUAAACUUUCUGGUCCCAUUCCUCCCAAGUUUGGAAAUCUGACAUCGCUCUAG